AUGGCAUCAUCACGUGCACGUCCAUGACUCCAUCGAUUGCUUUGAGCAAGACAGUGGUAAACCAUGGUAAACAAGUAAGUUUUGGCAGUGUUCAUAGGCACAGCUCGGACAAGAUAUUUCUUCGGCUUGGAUCUCGAUCACCGUGCAUGUCGCUCAGCAAGAACAAAAUUUUAGCAGAAGAAGUAGAUCUACUCGUAGGUCUACGAGUCGUAGGAGAAGAUUUGAUCAGUUGCGUAGAUCAUCAGGUCAUCUCGCGGACAGAACAACAAGCCGACAAGGAGUGGGCAGAGUAACAGCAAGAGUAGAUAAACUACUCUUGCCUGAGUCUUGGUAACAGUCAUACUACUACUACUAUUACUAGUGAGUUUAGCUGGUACCGGUAGGCAGUUGAAGGCUCCGGACGCUCGCACACCGGUGCACGGGGAUGGCGAAGUGCACACGAAGUACUAUGACACUGCUUACCGCUCUGCUUCUGAAGGUCAUGUCAGUUCUGAUCCUAUUGACGAUUCUUGGGAGCUUUGCUGCUGCUACGCCGCUGGAAAAGGAGCCAAGCCAAUCCAAGGUCUACGAGCCGACCUGGGAUAGCCUGGACAGCAGGCCACUGCCUGCGUGGUACGACCAGGCCAAGUUUGGCAUCUUCAUCCACUGGGGUAUCUUCAGUGUGCCAAGCUGGAGCCAUCACUUGGCAGAGUGGUACUACCAGUACCUUCUCACCGGUAGUGACAACAACGAAACACGCGAGUUCCACUACGCGACGUACGGACAGGACUUCAAGUAUGAUGAAUUUGGACCCAUGUUCAAGGCUGAGCUCUGGGAUCCUGCUCAGUGGACACAGCUGUUCAGCGAUGCGGGCGCCAAGUUUGUUCUGCUCACGUCCAAGCACUGCGAUGGCUGGGCCAACUGGAAGUCGCCUGCCAAGUGGAACUACAACAGUGUGGAUAACGGACCUCACCGCGACAUCGUGGGAGAGCUGACAAACGCCACGCGUGCUCAGGGACUCAGAAUGGGAUUGUAUUAUUGUAAUAUCGAGUGGGGAAAUCCCCUGCUACCGUGGGACUACAUGCACGGCCCUGAGCCGUACACGGGACAAGAGGAGUAUGUAGAGGAGGUGUUCCUCAAAGAGCUCAAGGACAUCACCGUGAAGUACCAGCCGGAUAUCGUCAACGGCGACUACGCCGUGCUUCUCAACAGCACCCAGCUCAAAUCAAGAGACUUCUUGGCCUGGCUAUACAACGAGUCGCCCGUGAAGGACACGGUUGUUGUGGAUGACCGGUGGGGAACGGAUACACGCUGUCUGCAUGGAGGCUACCAUACGUGUCAUGACCGCUAUGAACCAGGCGCUCUGCAGCCACACAAGUGGACAGACUUGAUGACGAUGGCAAAUUCAUGGGGAUACGAUCGCGUCGAGACGGUCGAUCAGUACAAGACUGCCGAGGAGAUGGUCUCAAUUCUUGUGAACAAUGUUGCAUACGGCGGUAACCUGAUUCUGAAUAUUGGUCCCACUCACGACGGUAUCAUCAUCCCGCUCAUGGCCGAGCGCUUGCUCCAGAUUGGCUCCUGGCUGAAGGUCAACGGCGACGCUAUCUACGGCACACAGCCAUGGAAGGUCAAGCAGGCUGAGAACAGCUCAACGGACGAAGUCCUGGUGUACUACACAACCAAGACAUUGAGCACGGCAGGAACACCGGCUGCUACUGCGGUGGACGACGAUGACGCUUCCACUGUGGACCUGUAUGCCAUACUGAUGUCCUGGCCUACCCAGACGGGCACCGCACAGCUUGCCAAUCCGCCGUGCUCGGCUGGUACGACCACCGCAUCAUUGCUGACCGGUAAUGGGCCCGUCACGCUCGGCGUGCAGUGCUGGACGAGCGGAACCGGCAUCAACAUCAGCAUGCCAACCGCUGGUCUUGCCCUGGACAAGAAGAGCUUCCCGACACAGUACGCGUACACUAUUCGGCUUCAGAACUCGCUGACUGGCGACGCGGUCACUGGCAAUUCCGCCGGCCAUUUGUAAGCAGGGAGGCUUUGGUAAUCAGCGGCCGCACAGUUUGAUUCAGGAGUCAGGACCAUUUCCCCUCAUAAUGUCUGUCAUGUACAGUGCUGGCCUGAGAAAUCCAACCUCAUGAAUAAAGUAGCGUUGCGUUCGA